UUUUUCUUUCCUUUUUCUCUCACUUUUUUUUGAUUUCACUUUCCUUUUUCUUUUUCUUUUUUUUUUCUUUUCUUUAUUCAUACAGACUAUAUACAUAUAUACAGAACAAUAAGCAACGCACAGUGAUCAUGGUUCAUGGAUUUACAAAAACAGUGGAUUUGAAAAUCAAUGUUGUGUCUGAUGAAAUCUAUUUUUUUGGUCAACCUGAAGAAUCGGCUGGAAAAGUUUUACAAGGUACCGUACUCUUGACAUUGACUGAAACUAUUAAGGUGAAACGUCUGACUUUGGACUUUAAAGGGAAAAUGAAGGUGCAAUGGACUGAAGGACCUCAACAUACUCAUAAACAAGAAAGAAGUAUUAUUCAACAUGAAUGGAUUCUCUUACCAAGUCAAAACAAUAAACGACCUCAUAUUGUUCCAGCAGGACAACAUUCCUGGGACUUUACUCUGACUUUACCUGGUGACCUUCCUCCAACACUACAAGCUGAAAUGGGUAAAGUGUGUUACCAAUUGACGGCCAAUCUCGAACGUUCAGGUGGAUUUUUAUUACACAAUACCAUUCAACGCAAGAAGCCCAUUCGUGUGGUCCGUAGUGUACUACCUUCUGAAUUUGAACUGGUACAAUCCUUGGAAAUCCAUAAUACUUGGUCUGAAAAGAUGAUUUACGAUAUCUCCUUACCUUCCAAAUUAUAUGCUCACAAUGCCAUCAUUCCAGUCUCUUUCACCAUCCUUCCUAUUGCCAACAAAUUAAGAGUCCAUGCUAUUAUGGUGACAUUGAAAGAAUGCUGUACAUAUGAAGCAAACGAUAAACGCAAGACGGAUUCUCGUAUCAUUAAGAUUAAUAGACAAGAAAAUCCAUUCAGUCAAGCUGUUGUUAAUCAUGAUGGUAUGCCCUCUACUCCUUGGACCCGUGUAUUGGAUGUACAAGUACCUGCACGAUCGCCUAUGAUCUUUUGUGAUGCCAAUAGUGAUAUGAUUCGAAUUCGCCACAAGCUCAAAUUUGUUAUUUCAAUUGUCAAUGCUGAUGGUCAUUUUUCUGAACUACGUGCUACUUUACCUAUUGUGAUUAUGGAUUCAUUUGGUCCCACUAUCUCUGCCGCUUCAGCUGAAGCUCUUACUUUACCAACUUAUGAUGAGAGUUGGCGCUCUUUACCAUAUGAUCGUCAUUUAUGGGAUACUUUACGACAACAAAAUGGAUCUACUCAUACUGAUCUAAUGGAUUCUCGUCAACCAGUCACUAUCUCUAGCUUUACCCGAACAAUGACAUUGACUUCUUCUAUGGUACCUUGUCAUCGACUUGAAAAUACAACAAUGGAUUCUGAUUUAGAAGAUGAAACAGUAACACCUCAUAAUGAAGCAAAUGAUGAAAAUUGGUGGCAUGGUGUGGAUUUAUCUCGAGUACCUUCUUAUCAUUCUAUGAUGGAUAUGGAUCCUACUGUUCCCACUUGUACACAAUUACCUCCUGCUUAUGAUCCUAUUUGGCAACGAUGCUUUUCUUCUUCUUAAUUUAGUUAUUCUUCAUUUUUUUUUUCAUUGGUUUUUAGUCAUACUACUCUAUUUGCAUUAUAUACAAUCAUUAUAUUAACAUACCCCCCCUCAAUUCAUAUAUCAUGGAAUAAAGUUUAUCAUUCAUACAAUAAAAAAAAUAAAGCCAAUCCAUAAUUGGUAUAUAGAUCGAUCCUUUUUUCCCAUCUGCUUGUUACAAAAAAAAA